CUCUUUUGUACUUUCUAGAUCUUUUAAACACUAUGCAGUGACCAUUAUACCCUCUCUCAGGAACAAGCCUAAGAACAAUUAACUUCGUACUUAUCGUUUCCUGAUCCACUCUUCUUUCUAACACUAAUCUCUCGAUCUGAUCGUUUCAUUACAGCGCGGUUGGAACAAAAGUUCAGCUCUCUUUUUGAUCCGUAUGGCUUCUUCAAUGCUCUCUCUUGGUUCUACUUCUCUGUUACCGCGUCAGAUUAACAAGAAUAAACUAAACCCUUUCCUGAGAACAAAGUCUCUUAGUCGUGUGACCAUGUCGGUUGCAGUGAAGCCAUCUCGUUUUGAGGGUAUAACAAUGGCACCACCAGACCCUAUCCUUGGAGUCAGUGAAGCAUUUAAAGCUGACACUAAUGAGCUUAAGCUUAAUCUUGGUGUUGGUGCUUAUCGAACUGAGGAGCUCCAACCUUAUGUGCUUAAUGUCGUUAAAAAGGCAGAGAACUUGAUGUUAGAGAGAGGAGAUAAUAAAGAGUAUCUACCAAUAGAGGGGUUGGCUGCAUUCAACAAGGCCACUGCUGAGCUGCUUUUUGGAGCUGGUCAUCCUGUUAUUAAGGAACAAAAAGUGGCAACCAUUCAAGGUCUUUCAGGAACAGGUUCACUGAGAUUAGCAGCGGCUCUUAUUGAACGUUACUUCCCUGGAGCUAAAGUUUUGAUAUCAGCACCAACAUGGGGUAAUCACAAGAAUAUCUUCAAUGAUGCCAAAGUUCCAUGGUCUGAAUACCGUUACUAUGAUCCAAAAACAAUUGGUUUGGACUUUAAUGGGAUGAUACAAGAUAUCAAGGAAGCACCAGAAGGAUCAUUCAUUUUGCUUCAUGGAUGUGCUCACAACCCAACUGGGAUUGAUCCAACACCAGAACAAUGGGUGAAAAUAGCUGAUGUCAUUCAGGAGAAGAACCAUAUACCGUUUUUCGAUGUUGCAUACCAGGGGUUUGCUAGUGGAAGCCUUGAUGAAGAUGCAGCUUCUGUGAGAUUGUUUGCUGAGCGUGGAAUGGAGUUUUUUGUUGCUCAGUCAUAUAGUAAAAAUUUGGGUCUUUAUGCUGAAAGAAUUGGUGCUAUCAAUGUUGUCUGCUCAUCAGCUGAUGCUGCUAUAAGGGUCAAGAGCCAGUUGAAAAGGAUAGCUAGGCCUAUGUACUCAAACCCACCAGUUCAUGGGGCGAGGAUUGUGGCUAAUGUGGUGGGAGAUGCAACUAUGUUUGGUGAGUGGAAAGCAGAGAUGGAAAUGAUGGCGGGGAGGAUAAAGACAGUGAGACAGAAGCUGUAUGACAGUUUGGUUUCAAAAGACAAGAGUGGUAAGGACUGGUCGUUUAUUUUGAAGCAAAUUGGGAUGUUCUCAUUCACUGGCCUCAACAAAGCUCAGAGUGAUAACAUGACGAACAAGUGGCAUGUGUAUAUGACUAAAGAUGGGAGGAUAUCGUUGGCUGGAUUGUCUAUGGCGAAAUGUGAGUACCUUGCUGAUGCUAUCAUCGACUCAUACCAUAACGUAAGCUGAGUUAUGGUCUUCUCCAUGAGUUGACAAUAAGAACUAUAGUCAUAUUAUAUGCUUCUUCUUGAACUUAUUGAGAGAGAUGCUAAAUGAAUAAAGGUAACUCGCACAAUACUUGUUACCUAUUUCUUGUUUCCUGACCUAAUGAAACAAUUGAAUUUGCAUAAUUUUAGAAUGAGACUUGUUCAGAGGAGAGAAUUAUUGAUUGUGUUUAGC